CUUCUUUCCUGCCUCCAUCGGCCCUCUUCCUCCAAACAGGUCUUGCAGAGGACCAGGAUCUGAAGUCUGGUCUCCAAAGCUGGCACCUGCCCUUAAAGAUUCCCACUCCAUCUCGCCCCCACAAAGCCCUUCCUAUAGUAGGAGUGGCUGAGCCAGACAGUCCUGAUGCCGAAGAACAGCAAAGUGUCACAGCGGGAACAAAGCACUGAGCCGGUCACAGAAUCAGUGGCUGACCUACUGGCCCUUGAAGAGCCUGUAGACUAUAGGCACAGUGUCUUAAAUGUGGCUGCAGAAAACUGGAACAAACAGCAGGAUGUGGAGGAACCUGGUGAGGACAGGCCGGCAUGGAACAGCAAGCUGCAGUACAUUUUGGCUCAGAUUGGCUACUCUGUGGGGCUGGGGAACGUCUGGCGGUUUCCAUAUUUGUGUCAAAAGAAUGGUGGAGGUGCCUAUCUGGUCCCAUAUCUGGUCCUGCUUAUCCUCAUUGGACUCCCCCUCUUUUUCCUGGAGUUGGCUGCAGGCCAAAGAAUCCGCCGGGGCAGUGUAGGAGUGUGGAACUACAUCUGCCCCCGGUUGGGGGGCAUUGGAUUCGCUAGCUGCCUAGUCUGCUUGUUUGUUGGGCUCUAUUACAAUGUGAUCAUCGGGUGGAGCAUCUUUUACUUUUUCAAGUCCUUCCAGUCCCCUCUGCCUUGGAGUGAGUGUCCUGUCUUAAAAAACGGCUCCAUGGCAACUGUGGAACCCGAAUGUGACAAAAGCUCAGCUACGACCUUCUUCUGGUACCGAGAUGCCCUGGACAUUUCCGACUCCAUUUCAGAGGGUGGCGGGCUGAACUGGAGAAUGACCUUGUGCCUACUGGCGGCUUGGAGCAUUGUGGGCUUGGCCAUGAUCAAAGGAAUCCAAUCCUCUGGGAAGGUGAUGUAUUUCAGCUCCCUCUUUCCUUACGUGGUGCUGAUCUGCUUCCUGGUCCGAGGGUUGCUCUUGAGGGGAGCAAUAGAUGGGAUCCUGCACAUGUUCACCCCCAAGCUUGAUAAAAUGUUGGAUAUCCAAGUGUGGCGAGAAGCAGCCACUCAGGUCUUCUUUGCGCUAGGACUGGGCUUUGGUGGAGUUAUUGCUUUCUCCAGUUACAAUAAACAGGACAAUAACUGCCACUUUGAUGCAGCCCUUGUCUCCUUCAUCAACUUCUUCACCUCCAUCUUGGCUACCUUGGUGGUCUUUGCUGUGCUGGGAUUCAAAGCCAACGUCAUGAAUGAGAAGUGUGUCAUUGAGAAUGCUGAGAAGAUCUUGGGCUAUCUGAACUCCAAUAUCCUAAGCCAUGCACUUAUUCCACCCCAAGUGAACUUCUCCCAUCUCACAGCCAAGGACUACAGUGAGAUGUACGGCGUGAUAAAGACAGUCAAGAAGGAUGAGUUCGAGAAGUUGGGGCUGGAUCCCUGUCUACUGGAAGACGAGCUUAACAAGUCAGUGCAGGGAACUGGCCUCGCAUUCAUAGCUUUCACAGAAGCAAUGACCCACUUCCCAGCUUCUCCUUUCUGGUCUGUGAUGUUCUUCCUGAUGCUGAUAAACCUAGGCUUGGGGAGCAUGAUUGGGACCAUGGCUGGCAUCACCACACCCAUCAUUGACAUGUUCAAAGUGCGCAAGGAGGCAUUAACAGUCGGCUGUUGCAUUUUUGCUUUCUUUGUGGGGCUGAUCUUUGUGCAACGCUCAGGCAACUACUUUGUCAACAUGUUUGAUGAUUAUUCUGCGACACUGCCACUCACUCUUGUGGUAAUCCUGGAGAACAUUGCCGUGGCCUGGGUUUAUGGCACCAAAAAAUUCAUGCAAGAAUUAACAGAAAUGCUGGGUUUCCGACCUUACCGGUUCUAUUUUUACACAUGGAAGUACAUCUCGCCGAUCUGCAUGGCUGGCCUAAUGACAGCCAGUAUUAUUCAGCUAGCGGUCAAUCCACCAGGUUAUAAUGCCUGGAUCAGAGAAGAGGCUGCGGAGAAAUAUCUCUACUACCCGAAAUGGGCAAUGGGUAUCCUUGUCUCGCUGAUCAUCCUGGCCACCCUUCCUCUGCCCGUAGUCUUCAUCCUCCGCCAGUUCCAUCUGGUGUCAGAUGGUUCCAAUGCUCUGUCUGUCACGUACAAGAAGGGGCGUAUGAUGAAGGACAUCUCUAACUUAGAAGACAAUGAUGAGACACGUUUCAUCUUGAGUAAAGUACCCAGUGAAACCCCUUCCCCGAUGCCUACCCAUCGUUCUUACCUGGGACCAGGGAACACAUCCCCGAUGGAGAUGAGCAGCGUUGCCAAUGGACGCUAUAGCAGUGGGUACCUUAUGGCAACCACCCCUGAGUCUGAACUGUGACCGUCAACCAGCAACCCACCCCUGCUUCCUGGGUGAAGGACAGGAGGUCAUAGAAAAGGAGCCUGUGCUUUAGAACCCCUUCCCAGAAAUUACAGCAGCCAGGUAGGAAGGGAAGGAGCCUGCCUUCUGGUAAUCUCCAGCCAAAAUAUCAAAUCUUUCCUCAGUGAAUAAUAGUAAUAAGCUAUUGCAAUAAAUUUUAUGGGCACAAGGAAAAUUUUAACCAAUCGGUACCCCAAAAAACAAAACAUUUGUGUUCAAGCAAUCGGAGGCUGGAAAAGGAAGUCAGAUUAAGGCAAUGGCCAAAGAAAAAGUUUCAUGUUCCCAGAAGCCCUCUCCUUGUCCCUCCCUUUCCUCUAGUUGGGAGAAGAGAUGUUUUCUCAUUCCACUGCAUAUGUCUAACCACCACUGUUCACAGUGCAAGGAAGAUUCAUUUCUUGAUACAGAUUCCACUUGUCAUUUUAUAGUCUGAUAAUAUCAAAAACGCACAGCCUCGGUGAACACUUCUUACAAGUCUGGGUCAAGAUAUAGUUUAUGUAGGCAGCACAUUGCCAUGCCUGGUGAUGCCAUCACAUAUCGGCCACGCCAUUGCUGAUGUUGGAUCAAAAACUGUAAACAUUGAGGGG